GCCGAGUUCUAUUCUCCUCAGCCGGCGACAGCCUCGCGCCCUGCCUCCCGCCUCCUUCCCCAGGCGCCGGCGAGCUGCAGCCAGACAAGGGCACGCGGGGCACGCGGGGCCUCGUCUACACCCGAGAGGGCUGCGGGAGCGCGCAGGCGGCGGAGCGGAUCCCGGAGCCGCGGAAACUGCAAGCUCCUCCCUCCCGGAGGUCGCCGCGCCGUUCCUCGGUGAAUCUACACCUGGCUGACUUUGGAAUUCUUCUGGAUUUUAAUUUUUUUCUUUUUAAAAUAACUUGGACGGAUAAAAGAUGUGCCAUGGCAGGAUAGCACCAAAGAGCACCUCAGCAUCUGCCGUGGCCUCUGUGGGACAUGGAGUGUUCCUUCCACUGGUGAUCCUUAGCACCCUCCUUGGAGACGGACUUGCCUCAGUGUGUUCCUUGCCCCCAGAACCAGAGAAUGGUGGCUAUGUCUGCCACCCCCGGCCCUGCAAAGACUCCCUGAACUCGGGCAGUGUCAUCGAGUACUUGUGUGCUGAAGGCUACAUGUUAAAGGGUGAUUACAAAUACCUGACGUGUAAGAAUGGCGAAUGGAAACCAGCCAUGGAGAUUAGCUGCCAUCUUAAUGAAGAGAAAGACACCAAGACAUCACUCGGGGUCCCCACGCUUUCUAUAGUGGCUUCCACUGCCAGCUCCGUGGCACUCAUUCUCCUCCUUGUGGUGCUGUUUGUGCUGCUGCAGCCAAAGCUGAAGUCUUUCCAUCACAGCAGGCGUGACCAGGGGGUAUCUGGGGACCAGGUCUCCAUCAUAGUGGAUGGAGUCCAAGUUGCACUACCGUCAUAUGAGGAGGCUGUGUACGGCAGUUCCGGUCACUGUGUGCCGCCCGCUGACCCCAGAGUGCAGAUUGUGCUGUCAGAAGGAUCUGGGCCAAGGGAACAGCAGCUACAGGACCAGGAGGCCUGCUCCUCUCCAGGUGGAGAGGAGGAGGCCCCAGGCCAGUCUGGACUGUGUGAAGCCUGGGGCUCUCGGGGUUCAGAGACUGUGAUAGUGCAUCAGGCAACCACCUCUUCCUGGGUGGCCGGCUCAGGGAACAGCCGACUGGCACACAAAGAAGCCCCAGAUUCAGAGAACAGUGACAUUCAAAGCCUUUUAUCCCUCACAUCGGAGGACUACACAGAUGAUAUCCCACUGUUGAAAGAAGCAUGAGGUUUGCCACCGUCCUCUCUCCUCUCUGCAAUGAUCCUCUCUGCUCUUUUCCCCUCUCCCUGUGGGUUUGAGCACCCUGUACUCCAGCCACCCUGCCCGGAUAUCUGAGCUGCCACCUGUGGAUCUGUGGACCUCUGAGGGCCUGUAAGCCCACCUCGCUGGAAACUCAAGGAAGAUUCUCGCCAUCUGCCUGCUGGACAGCUAGAGGAGCUGGCUUUUUGCCUGGCCCAACCUUCCCAUCUUUGUCGGGAACAUAUAUGAAUGUGCUGGAUUGAACCCUUCCUUUCCCUGAGCCCUCUGGGUCCCCUCCAGCCAGCUAUUUCGUGGCAGCCCCCACCAGCCCACAUGGGCCAGAGAGCCGCUGUGUUUACUUGUGCCUUCCCCCCACCCUGUCCAGGCUCCCUGUGACGCAGGCCUGUUGCUGUCCUACAAGCCUUAGUGGCUGCACUGCUGCCCCAUGUCACACAAGGGGCUGGGCCUGGGGCUGGCUUGUUUCCUUUGAAGGCUGGCACCACUGCCCUUACCAGGAGCAGAUCCAAGAGUGAGAGCU